AUGCAGCCAAGCGUGUGCUUGUGCCACUUUGCCGGCCACCUGCACACCUUAGGCACUCCUUCCGCCACCCCCGCACUGCGCGGGAAGUACACCAUCAUGCGAGAGGAGAACAAUGUGCCAGCGGAGUGGGCUCCCAGGGACACGCACCGCCUCGACCCUCUUCAGCUGCUUCCCCCCUCUCAGAGGCACUGCGGGCAGAGCAGCGCUGCGGAGAGCGGAGAGGGCUGUCACUCGCGCUCACGCGGCAAGCCGGAGGUGCACUCGACUCGAGCGUCGAGCGGUGGUAAGAGGAGCACCGGCACACUGCCGAGAAGCGAUGACUGCUUGAAUGCCGUAGCACGGACCCCCCUGUUCAACUCCUGCGGUCAUCCUCGACGAUCCGCGGCACAAUGUCUGCGUUUAUGCACUCGACAGCGUCGUCUGGCUGCGCUAGCCGUCUUACUUGCUCUCAUCGUCAUGGUUCACUGGGUCAUCAGCCAAUUCACGACCAAUGUAGGCUUACAACAGAAAUCAUCGAUAGAGUUGCUCAAUGAAGCGAACCGUGAAUAUGAGUCUUCAUCGCCGUUCUCUGUCCUGGUGCAGCACGAGCGUGCUGUUGAGCGGUUGACGACCGCACAGCGUGGUCUUGCGGCCUCUGGCGCUGGCUCUCUGGCGAGACUCGACCGGGAUCAGCUGCCGUCGUGGACGUUGCGUGUGAUCGACGAGGACUGCACGAUGUGCUUCGACAAUGUCACAUACGCUUCUGCGGUCGCUGCGGAUGCGGGGAGAUCGACUAACAAGACGGGACAUCAUAAGCAAAAAGGGCUUUCCGUGUUCGCGACGACAUCUGCACCGCUGGGCCUCAUGGGGCCGAUGCUGUUUGCGAUGGCGAGCGUGACGGACGACGUGGACGUUGCAGCGGAACUGCCGCGGUGGCAAUGGGUGACCUGGUCGUACGCGCAGCAGCGCCGCUUCGUUCACGCAUCGCAGUCGCGGAGCACAGGUGAGCGACCGCGACACUUGAUCGUGUUGGGCAUACCUUCAACGGACCAACCGAUGCGCUACCCUCUGCGGGACGCGCAGCGGGCGACGUGGCUGACGUACCGAGAGGUUGCACGCACCGAGAACAACUUUACUGGCGCGCUGCUGCAGCUCUACGUGUUCGCUGCUGCGGAGCAUGAUUCUGAGGACUCGACGCAUUCCGCCGUGGACAUGGUUCAGCUGGCCCCGACAGUGAGCGAGUACGCCGCAGCAACUGAGCAGCACCUGGCUGUGGAGGCUGGAGACGUCAACAAUGCACCCCCCUACCUGCAGCGUCGCGUGGUGCUGCGUGAUGGGUGGCGCGACAUCCCACGAAGUGAUGACGCGGUGUGGAGAUCACCCUGCGCUGGUGUAAGGACCACCGUGGUGACUGCGGCAAGUCUUGUGGCCGGGACCUCGUCCCUCGCGGCUCUUUCAGCCCAGUUGUCGCUGCCCGUGACACCUGCCUUCACAGCAGCGGCGCAGUACGUGUGCCAUGUGUCCGCGGCACUGUGGCAGGAGGCGCUGCACCACCGCAACUCGCUAUGGCUGGACUUUUUGACGGACCGCAAGCCGACCACGAAAAAGAAAAUGGGCAUGAGUAUAUCGUGGGGUAUACCGACGGAAGUAGGCAUGUCUCAAAAGACCGUGUUAUGGCUGAACUACGCGUACACUGCCUUCCCGGACGUGCCGUACAUCAUGAAGGGCGACGACGACAUGUACCUGAAGGUGCCACAGUACUUGAGCGACCUGCGGCAUGUGCGCGGUGGGUGGCAGAAGCCGCGCAACUUGACGGUGACGAUUCCACACAGAGGGGUUAUCCCACCGACACUGGCCAUCGACGACGCGGAGGAAUGCCUGUAUCGAGUGUGGUGGACCUAUAGCAAAAAAAUCGCGUAUGGCAACGGCGUGGGCUACAUUCUGGACCGUCGCCUCAUCCAGGCUGCACUGAACCCGUUUGAUGGCUUCAAUGCUCUUCUGAUGAAGCUGCUGACAAAUCCCUACGAUUACAGGCUGGAAAAGGAAUAUCUUAGCUUGAACAUGCAGUACGAGGAUAUGCAUAUCGGGAAGCAGAUAAGAGAUCACCACGACGCCGUGGAGAGGUUCUGCCCCAAGAAGCGCGUGUGCUACAUGGCUGACCGGCGGUUCCGGGCGCACCAGAUUCUGCGGCCAAAGCCUGUCAAGCUGACGUGGAUCUCGGUGAUGGCGCACUUUGGCAUGCCAGCGAUUCCAUACUAUGUCCACUACUUCCACAAAAAUGAGUUCAAGGUGGCCGAGGAGGCGAAGCGGUUGAUUGCGCAGGGCAUCGACGCGAAGACGAUUGAGGAGAAUGCAACGCAGCGGAUGCACGAGUGGGUGGCGUCUCAGGUGCCGAGCACACUCGUGGGGCUCGGAGCGUCAUUCCAUCUCGACUGGGUACGCGGAGACCCACACACGGCGUACACUGUAGCCGAGGAGGACGAAGUCGCGGUAUACGAUGUUCGGUACAAGCUCCGCCGAAGGAACGAUGUCGCGUGUGUCUUGGAGUCUGGUAAGAGGUAG